UUUACUUAAUCUCAAAUCAUCAGCAGGAACUUCAGUAAAGAAUCCACAGCAUCUCACAUUUUAACAAUCUGCAAAGAUAUAACAUUAUUUAAAUUCUUUUUUCUCAUUUCUGGUGCGUGUGUGUGCGUUUCUCUGAAGGACUGAUCUUAUUUUAUUAAAGAGAUGGACAAAGAACAGAAAAUCAUUCUUUUAGUUUUGUUGUUGCAAGGUGUUUGGUGUGGAGAUUGGAACAUCAGUCUGCCAGAGAAGAUUGAAGCUCUGAGUGGAUCCUGUGUGACCAUAAACUGCACAUUUACUAUUGAUAACACAUAUGACAAAGAUCUCACUGACAGUGCUGCAGGAAUGUGGUAUAAAGAUGGGCAUAAAGACAACAACAUUGUGUUUAACUCCAGCAACUCCAAACAUCGUUUUAAAGGGGAAAUAACUGGAAAAUUAAAAGACAAGAACUGUACUACCAUUUUUAAUAAUGUUACUUCAGAUUACAAAGGCAAAUUUUACUUCAGGAUUGAGAUUAAUGGUGGACUGAAAUAUAACUAUCAUCAAAAAUCUGUUUCAAUAAAUGUGUUCGACUCUCCCCCCAUACCCACAGUGCAGAUGUUUAAGGAUCAGAUGAAGGUUGAGGUUCAUGAGGAGGUGUUAGAGGGGAGCUCUAUGUGUCUGCGCUGCUCUGCUAAGACUCUCUGCUCCUCUUCUCCACCAACUCUCACAUGGAGCUCCACUGACAGACUCCACCUCAAUGAGAACAGCAGACUACAGCUGGAUCAACAGAAUCAAACUGAGAUCAUCUCUGAUCUGAACUUCACUGCUACUCACCUUCAACAUGGAGUCACUUUCAUCUGCACUAUAACCUACCAGCUACAGCAGAGGAACACAACAGCACAGAACAACAUCACAUUACGUGUUCAGUAUGCACCCAAAAUCUCUCUCUUCAGCUGUAACAGAACUGAUGUAACUGUGUGUUUGUGUGAGGCUCAUGGGAAUCCCUCUCCUAAAGUGGAGUGGUUUCUAUCUGGACGUCCUGUCAGUAACUCUACAAACACAUUCAUCAUUGAGGAGCGAUUGAGCAGCACAGACUUGAGGAGCUUCAUUUCUCUCCAUCAGUCACUUACACACACAGACACUCUGCAGUGUGUCACCAUCAACACUCACGGCAAUUCCAGUGAACUGAUUCAACUGGAUUCAUUUUCUCACGAGAUGUUUUCAGGUUUCAUCAUUUUCUAUGUGCUGAUUGGAGCUGCUGGGGCUUUAGUGAUGAUGAUCUUGUGUGUUAUUACACAUAAACGAAGACGAAAUAGAAAACCUUCCCAGAAGAUACAAGAAGCCCCUACAGGUUGCAUUUUGACAAUUGAAGAGCAUGAGGGAGAAUCUGUUUAUGCCAAUAGAGCUGAGCUGUCACCUGCUGAAGCUGAUAAUUACCCAGAAUCCUUUCAUUAUUCCUCCAUUUACUUCACAAACACCCACACAGAGUCAGAAGAGAUCAUGGAUGCUUCAUCACUUACUGCUGAAUACGCUGUCGUCCGUCACUAUUAUAAAGCAGCAUCAGAGAUCUCUACAGAUGCACAGAUGAUUGUUAAUGCAGAAGAGCUUAAAGAAGAAGUAAAGCCUAAGAAAUCUGAUCAAGAGAUGCAGGACUCAGAUUCUCAAUUAUAUGCACAAGUUAAACGUCAAAACCCAUAGUGGACUUGAAACUUAUGCUUGUUUCACACCGCCCAUAAAAGCUACGCUUAAGCAGGCCGUGUAUGUUUUGACGGUCAUAUUAAGAGUUCAUGCAGUUCAUGUAGUAGCAGAAGUUUAUGUGUGAGCAACAUUUUGACUGUCACAGUCAAAAACACACUUACAAAUAAUACUGAUUGUGUUUGUGGAGAAAGUUUUUCUCUGAUGUCUUUUAAUUGCUGUCAAUAAAGCUUAUUAACUGUCUUUGAAAGAAUUACAGUUCCUAUUUACUAGAAUUUAAAAUGCACAUAAGAAAGUGGGGGAAAAAUAGGCAAUGACCCACACAUGCUG